AUGAAUUUUCUCAGGUUAACCAUACUUGUGUUCCUCUCCACAGGAGAUAGUGUGACCUUCACAACAUCUUUAAAACCAGCAGCUGAACCGUUUCUGGCACUGACUUGGAGCUUUAAUGCUACCACCAAUGUGAUAACCUCAACCAGUGUAGAUGUAGUGGGACAAGGCUACAAGAACAGGAUCACGCUGGAUAAAUCUACGGGAUCUCUGGUGCUCAGAAACCUGACUGAGAGAGACAGCGGAGAAUAUGAAUUAAUCAUCAUCCCACAGAGUGCAGAGCAGAUUCUAGGAACUACUAAGCUGAUGGUGCAAACCAAAGUGUCGAGACCCACUAUAGUCUGGCCCACAGGAAACUUAAUAGAAGGUAAAUCCUCUGUCAACUUAACCUGCGAUGCUGACGGCUUCGUGGCUACCAGAGUGUGGAUGAAAGACGGUAUACCACUAGUUUCUGGGGACAGAUUCAGCUUUUACGAUGGCAACAGGGUGUUGUCUAUCAGCCCCGUGAACAGAACAGACACUGGAGAGUUUCUCUGUAAUGUCAGCAACGAUUUCAGUUUUGAUACAGCCAAAUGCAGACUGAAAGUCUUCUAUGGACCUGACAGACCUAAAAUCACUCAGAUACCAGCCACUGCACAACUUGAAGACAGUGUCACUCUUAUCUGCUCUGCUGACUCCCUACCGAAGGCAAAAUUCUCGUGGAAGUUCAGAAACAUGAUGAUGAACGGUCCUCUGCACUACAUCCAUGAGAUGGAAAUGAGGCACCUGGGGCGGUACACCUGCACUGCACGUAAUGAUAUCACUGGUCUGAAGGCCUCUGCGGUCCACGUACUGCGUGGCAAUUGA